GUUUAUCGCGUGCUCGCACGUUCAAUGUGAAAAAGUAGGAAUAAUCAAUACGCACGGUGAAAAAAGCUUCACACAGCAGAUAGUGCAACAACAGUGCCGUGAAACUAGCUGCCGACAGCAGACGGAACCUCGGCAGCAAGCGGUGCUUGUGAGCGAAUGCGCGCUCGUGCGUGUUGGUGUGCGUGACAGUAGAAAAAUGCCUCACACGGGAACAACUUCACCUUCGAUGCGCCGUACGGAACAUAGCGAUAGUGAAAAUUCUGAUGUAGAGGAUGCCGUGACGCUGAACGCACAGACCGGCAUGAAAGACUACAGUGAAACGAAAAAUGAUUCUGAUCAUUCUCUAAACGAUGGCAGGUCCAGUAGUAGCGAUGGGAAUAGUUCCUUCGUUGGCAAAAUUCGUUCGAACUUCUCGGGCAUGUUGUCCGUAUUGUUACCACCGGUGCGUCAACGCAAACAAAGCGGUAGGUUGACACAGGACCAACAGCCAUCAGAGCCACACUCCAACCCGAACAACAAUUUAGAUGAGCAGAAUGAAGAACGGGUUUCAAUCGAUUUAAGGAAGCGACCACAUUCUCCAAACUCGGCUGAUACCGAUGUCGUCAUUAGCGAUAACCGCACUUACGAAAUGAUCAGAAAACGACCCCGACUGCGUGAAACAUGGAACGCUAACGAAGAGGAACGCUCACGCCCUUCAUCCGCCACACUCAGAACAAGAACGUCCAACGCGUCCAACACAAGCCAACGUCUACGUGGAUUGAUGAGCAGUAACUCAGCCUAUAUCAGACGAAUGCAACAGUCGCGCAGUGGAUAUGCCCACAAUACGCUUUUCGGUUCCUCGCAUCUUAAAUCCACCAAAGACAGGAACGAUUCGGUCGCGUCUUCACGGCGUCCAUCCUUUAACAUUUCCGUGGCCAAGAUGUCAAAAUCGAUGAGUAAUGGUUGGAUUCCGCCGGAGUACGGUGGAUCACCGUUUUACGAAGGCUUUACCCGAUUCGGAGGUGCAUCUUCUGCACGAACGUUAGCUACCCAAGGUCCAUCGCGUCCGGCCGUUACUGUACUGGUGAAAAAGUCGCACCCAGUCGGCAAAGCGCAAUCGCUCCCAGAUGCACAGAAGGAAGCAAAGCCGGAAACAUAUGCAUCCGCAAUGUCUUUCCCUGCGCGACGAAUUCUUGAAUUAGUGGACGAAUAUGCCGCGAAAAGUUCAUCAUCGAAACGGGAAAAGAUUGCUUCAUACCCCGACAUACGCAAACCACGGACACUGCAAAUGCUGAAUCUAAUACGCUCGCAACAGACGGAACGUUCGGAAAACACUACACAGCCGUCUGAGCCACCAACAGCAUCCUUAAUGGAGUAUACGCUUCCAUCGCACGUCGAUAGCCCGACCAACCCGACGCGUCAAGAAGAACCCAAAUCAACCGGUGGCAAGCAGAUGACGAAAAAGACCCGCCUGCACGCGGACCCGAUAAAGGAACGAGAUGUGGACACGGUGGAACCGAUUCAGCUGCCAAAUUUGAAGCUACCCCUACUGAUUGAGGGACUGCCUAAGUUCGAUUUUAUCGUGCCGAUGAAAGGACCAUUACUUUCGGCGGAUAAGGAGGAGGGACUGAAAAAUACCAAGGGUAUCAAUGGAAACAAGCUGCUCGCAAAUGAUGAGAAUAAGCAACGAGGUGAAUUGGAAAGGAACACACCGACACCUACAACAUUUUCGGAGAUUCGUUCGUUUGGAUUUACAUCACCGAUACCGCUUAAUAGCCUACUUCAAGUCACCGAUGUUGUCUCUGCUGUUCCGGACUCAUCUGCACAGGAAACUUCCAUUUCCUUGUUCCGUGAGAUGACCACGUUUGUAUUUGAGUCGCCUACACUGCUGAAUGAUUCAUCUCAAAUCACCAAUGCAGGUCCCACAAAGUACAAUGAGUUUCCAUCUUUACCUCGCGAAAAGCCAACGUUUGUGUUUGCCUCGACUAUAGUGCUUGGUAACUCCUCUGGGCCGGUUCCAGCAGCGACCAUGUCGUUCAAAUUUGCUGCCCCGAAACAAUUGGAAGUUCUGGACGCACCGAAGGUACGUUCAUUCCAGGAUCUGAUGGCCGAAUCUGCCGCCAAAUGGUCGUGUGAUGUUUGCAUGAUCCGUAACGAACCACACCAGCAGAAGUGCAUUGCGUGUGAAAGCCCCAAGCCGUUGAAAGUUCCGGACGCACCGAAGGUACGUUCAUUUCAGGAUCUGAUGGCGGAAUCUGCCGCCAAAUGGGCGUGUGAUGUUUGUAUGAUCCGUAACGAACCACAUCAGCAGAAGUGCAUUGCGUGUGAAACCCCCAAGCCAGUGAAGGUUCCGGAUGCCCCGAAGGUUCGUUCAUUCCAGGAUCUUGUGGCGGAAUCUGCCACCAAAUGGUCGUGUGAUGUUUGCAUGAUCCGCAAUGAACCACACCAGCAGAAGUGCAUUGCGUGUGAAAGCCCCAAACCAUUGGAAGUUCCGGACGCACCAAAGGUACGUUCAUUCCAGGAUCUGAUGGCGGAAUCUGCCACCAAAUGGGCGUGUGAUGUUUGUAUGAUCCGUAACGAACCAAACCAGCAGAAGUGCAUUGCAUGCGAAAGUCCCAAGCCAGCUACGCAGCCAGUGAAGAACAAAGAAGCGUUUCUUCCAGCUGGUACCAGCAUCACCAAUACCGCAACAUCCGGCAGCUUUGCUGCGAUUGUCAACACGCAGUCUAGUCGCUGGGAAUGUGAGGCCUGCAGCGUACGGAACGAUCCCACGGCAACGGUUUGUGUUUGCUGUGCAACGGAAAAACCGUGCGGGAAAACGGUAUAGAAAAUGAUUAGGAUGAAAGGUUCAUAGGAGGGAGCAUAAAGUAAGUAGGCAGGGGUAGUAGGUAUGCUGGCGAAGGAUUGAAGAAUCAGUUUCUCAAUAACACACAUUACCGCUUGAGGAUUAACAUUAUUCAGUUCGCCAUAUGAUGGAUUAUAAUAUUGGAUUGUUUUGUUUUUGGUUUUGGGGAGGGAAAAACCCAUCAUUUCGCACCUUUUCAUGCUAAUUGAGAAUGAUUAGCCAUCCCAAGAGUGCUGCAAGAAGCGAAGGCAUUGAUAGAUAAAAGUAUCAGUACAGGACAGUCAAACAAAUGCUUCAACAUGUUUGAAGAUAUGCGCAACCUUGAAGGUCCCAGUAAAACGAAUGAGAGGGUACGAUAAAUACUUCCAAAGCAAAAAUAGUACGGCAAAUAGAUUACACACACAUCGUUCAAACAUCGCACCAAUUGUUCCCGAGUGGGUUGGUUUUGCAGGAUGUUGGAAUAGAAAUGAAAUUGAAGACAGAAUUCAUAGAAUGCAACAUAGGUAAAUAAAUACGAAAAGACAUAAUUAUGUUUGACGAUUGAACAGGAAGGGGCCGUAGAUGGUUCGUUGUUAAAGCAUGACAAAGAGAGGUGUUUUUUUUUUCAUUACAUUGCAUUUAUCUAUCGAAAAUAGGACAUACUGGAUACACUAGACGCUUAUACAUUUAACUGAAAAUUUACAUGCAUUCUUAACGACUUGCCCUUUCGUUAUUUACGUUAGGUUCAUUACAGAUUGAUCAUUUUGAUAUUGAAUUCAAAUGGAAAUAAGUAAAACGUCGUAAUCGUUGUGGUCUGUGGA